GGGCGGCUCCGGGCCGGGCGGCUCUGGUCCUGUCGGCCGCGUAGCGGACAUGGCGGGCUCCCGGCUCCCGCGGCAGCUCUUCCUCCAGGGCGUGGCCGCCGUCUACUUGUUCGCCUUCGCUUCCCUCUACACGCAGAUCCCGGGCCUGUAUGGCCCCGAGGGCAUCCUGCCUGCGCGGAGGACUCUGCGGCCGCAGGGCAAGGGGCCCUGGCAGCAGCUCUGGGAGACCCCGACGCUGCUGUGGGAGGCGCCGCGACUGGGGCUGGACACAGCGCAGGGCCUGGAGCUGCUGAGCCUGCUGGGCGCCCUGCUGGCCCUGGGCGCCCUGCUGCUGCCCCAGCUGCGCCACCUCCUCAUCUACCUGCUGCUCUGGGCCGCCUACCUGUCUGCCUGCCAGGUGGGCCAGGUGUUUCUUUACUUCCAGUGGGACUCCCUGCUGCUGGAGACUGGCUUCCUGGCUGUGCUGGUGGCCCCCCUGAGGCAGCCCCCCCACCACAAGCCGCCCCCCCAGGGUGGGCUGGCAGGGGCCUCGCCCCACGAAGCCCUCCCCUUCUGGCUCGUGCGCUGGCUGCUGUUUCGCCUCAUGUUCGCCUCGGGUGUGGUCAAGCUGACCAGCCGUUGCCCCGCGUGGUGGGGGCUCACUGCCCUCACCUACCACUACGAGACGCAGUGCCUGCCCACACCGGCCGCCUGGUUCGCCCACCACCUGCCCGUCUGGCUACACAAGCUCAGCGUGGUGGCCACCUUCCUCAUUGAGAUCGCCGUGCCCCCGCUGUUCUUCAGCCCCGCUCGCCGCCUGCGCCUCGCUGCCUUCUACUCCCAGGUGCUGCUGCAGGUCCUGAUUAUCCUCACCGGGAACUACAACUUCUUCAACCUGCUCACCCUGGUGCUCACUACGGCCCUGCUGGACGACGAGCACCUGGCUGCCAGGCCGGGCAGCAGCCGCCGCAGAAGGACGCCCGCCUCCCGGCCCAAGGCCCUGCUGGCCCUGCUGCUGGAGCUGACCGUGUAUGGGCUGCUGGCCUACGGCACCGUGCGCUGCUUCGGCCUGGAGGUCGACUGGGAGCAGCGCGCCAUCCGCUCCAGAACCACCUUCACCUUCCACCAGUUCUCCCAGUGGCUGAAGACGGUGACCCUGCCCACCAUGUGGCUGGGGGGUGCCUCCCUCGCCUGGGAACUGCUGGCCGCCCUCUGGAGGUGGACCCAGGUACGAGGGUGGCUGCGGAAGCUCUGGGCUGCAGUCCAGCUGUCCGUCUUCGGCUCUGCCGCCGUGGCCAUGUUCCUGGUCAGCCUGGUGCCGUACUCCUACGUGGAGCCCUCCACCCACGGGCGCCUCUGGACUGGGGCCCACCGCCUGUUUGGCGCCGUGGAGCACCUGCAGCUGGCCAACUCCUACGGCCUUUUCCGACGGAUGACCGGUCUGGGUGGGCGGCCUGAGGUGGUGCUGGAGGGCAGCUACGAUGGGCGCCACUGGACGGAGAUCGAGUUCAUGUACAAGCCCGGGAACGUGAGCCGGCCGCCCCCAGUCGUGACGCCGCACCAGCCACGCCUUGAUUGGCAGAUGUGGUUUGCUGCCCUGGGCCCGCACACACACAGCCCCUGGUUCACGAGCCUGGUGCUCUGCCUGCUGCAGGGCAAGGAGCCAGUGAUCCGCCUCAUCCAGCACGAAGUGGCCAGGUACCCCUUCCACAAGCAGCCGCCCACCUACGUGCGGGCCCAGCGCUACAAGUACUGGUUCUCACAGCCUGGGGAGCAGGGCCGGUGGUGGCGCCGCCAGUGGGUGGAGGAAUUCUUCCCACCUGUGUCCCUGGGGGACCCGUUGCUAGACACGCUGCUCAGGCAGUUUGGCCUCCAGGACAAGAGCCCGCCCCGGGCCCGCAGCUCCAGCAGUGCUCUCGGCCGGGCCCUCCACUGGGUGCGGAAGCAGCUCUCUCCCCUGGAGGCGCCUGCUCUGCUCUGGGGGCUCAUCCUUGGGGUGGGAGCCAUCAGGGUCAUCCAGGCCGCGCUGGGGCCCCGUCCCUCCCGGACCUCCGCCCCCGCCAAGGAGGAGAAGCACAGGCCAGCCCCCAGGAAGGACCCGGGAGCUGUCCCCGACCAGGCUGCCCCGGCCCGCAGCAACAGCAACAGCAGCUCCCAGACCACCCGGCGGAAAAAGUAGCCACGCUCUGUUGGCCGCGUGUCCGGAGCCGGUCGGGAUCCCUGGCCUCUGGAGCAGGAUCGGCCCAGCCACCGUGCCUUAGCCAGCGGCGCUGGCGGACACAGGCCGGGGUGCGGCCCUCGGGCUCCGGCCACCCUGCUGCUCCGAGGGCCCGCUCGUCCCUGUGCCGCCCGCACCCCCGAGACCGCGCUCUGGCCUGGGCAGUGGCCCCGGAGGCGGGUGUGUGACCAGCUCAGGGCCCUUCCCAGGACGCUGUGGUCGGGACUGUGGGCGUUCGGGUCUGCAGGGGCCCAGAUCUGACGCCCUGACCCCAGCACCUGCAUGAGAAAGGAGAGACAGCCCUGGCCCGUCCCUUUCACACCAGCCCAGCCCGUCCCUUGGUUCACAAGCCAAUAAAGGCAUCUUUGUGCUUGACACGUGCCUGACAUUUUCUUCCCCGCAAGGAGGCCCGAGGGCAGUGUCUCUGGCAGCAGACACAGCCUGGUGGUGUCCAGCUGCCACUGACCUGGCUUCCUGGGUGUUUUUGCUCUCCCGUCCUCAGUGUUCCCCUCCAUACAAUGGGCGCAAGGGCCUGGCCUGGCACUGCCCGAGCCCCAAGCCUCAGUCCAGCACAGCCUGGCCGACUGGUCAAGUCCACAUGUCAAGGCUUUGAGGCCAGUCCCAGAAUGUGGGGCCUGAAACCACCCGACGGCCAGAGGAUGCACCAGACCCGGCCCCUGCCUCCUCCUGCUCCGGCCUCCUCACCUCG